GGAUUGAAUUUCGAUCGAUUCGUGGAACAUUUUGACGAUUCGACAAUAACGAAAGUCCGUAAACAAUAUUGGACAACGAAACAAUUUAUUCGCAAAAAAUUAGGCAAAAAAGAAGAUGAAUAUUUGCUUGCGUCAGACGCCGAAUUUGACGCAAAAAUUAGUAUAUUUCGUUCACUGCGUGAAACAUCCGAACAAAUGUUAUUUUGUGUCGAUGAUUAUCAGCAUUAUUUAACAGAAUUGGUUCAGUCGGAAAUUGCACUCGGAAAAAUGUUAAAAAAUGAUGGAGAAGAAGAUAAAACGGAAGCAGGUAAAGUAAUGUGUGUUGUUGGUCGAGUUAUAUCACUUUCUGCUCAUAAUCGGUUAUUUAUGCGAAGCCCAUUAUUACGUUUUCUAAGUGAACUUCAAGUUUUUAUCGAACGUGCAAUUUUGGAUUGUGCAGCGACUGUUGACCCUGAUGCUGGAAUCGCAUUGGAAAAGUUUCGUAUUGCACAGAGCGUUGUUCGAAAGAAUAAGGAAAAAUUGGAUGGAUUAAAGUUGGACACCUUACAGAAGGUUGAUUUGUUGGCUGCUAGCAGAUGUAAUUUAUUUUCUCAGCUGCUGGAAACAUAUCAGAAAUUUUUAUAUCGUUUUUAUGAACAGACAACAGCAGCAUAUAGCAAAAUUUAUGGUCUUGUAAGCGGUCACAAGCAUUAUCGCUUUGAAGUGCUAAAGGAGCUUAUGGAUCCAGUUUUGGAUUCAGAAGACAAUCAGAAAUUGAAAGAAGAUGCGGUGAAUUCGAAUUCCGAAAAUUGCAGUCUUAUCAGUAUCGACACCAAAGAAAAUGAAAUCGAUAGCAUUUUAUUAGGCUUAGAAGCAAUGGAAAUGGAAAUAGAAACAUUUGAUCAAAGGCUUGAGAGUCCUCUGGGACAGGCACCAGAUAAUAAUUUAUUAAAUAGUUCCCCGAUUGAAGAUAAACCGAUUGUUGGUCCUUUACCAAUAAAGGAAUUGGAUGCGAAGGAAAUACCGAAGAUAAUACCUCCACCAGGUUGGAAAGCUAAUAGAACAGAGACAAAUUAUACAAAUGAUUUAAUGGAACUGUUAUCUUUCAACAAUCCAGCACAAUCAGAACUUGAUUCAUUCGCAUUGGAAUGGUCAAAAAUCGCAACACCUACUACAAUAAAUAAUAGUAAUACACAUACAUCUUCAUUAAAUAUGGGAAAUUUACCUUCACAGUUACUUGAUACGCAGAAUUUUCAAUCGCAGAAUUUUCCUAAUCCGUUCACAGAUUCAAAUUUUAGUGCUUGGAAUGGUUUGAUAUUAGAAUUCGAAUCAUCGGAAAAUAAUUCUGGAAGAAUUUGUUAA